AUGUCUGGAAGCACAGGAGAACGUUCUUUUGCUGAUAUUAUUACCAGUAUUCGAUAUUGGGUCAUUCAUAGCAUUACUAUACCUUCCCUAUUCAUUGCGGGUUGGUUAUUCGUCAGUACCGGUUUAGCUUAUGAUGUAUUUGGAAGCCCUCGGCCAAACGAGUAUUUCACAGAGAUCAAAAAGAGGAAUCUACUUCAACCGAUAUCUCCGAGUAAUGAGGAUUCGGAAUAUCACACAUUGAUCAAUCAACCACUAAAAGAAAGAUCGAUUCUUUUGGAUCCUUCCUUUCGUCAAACGGAAGAAAAUAGGGUUAGGCGGGCUGUAGACUAUCGGGGAGAGGAGACUGCGAAGCGAAGUGAAGGAAAAGAGAAUGGUUUCGCUCCUUUACUGCUUUCUGACUAUCAAGAUUCGUCCACUACUAGAGAAAGAGCCACUCUGUAUCAGGCCUUUUGA